AUGGUAACAAAGAAAGGGUCUGUGAGUUUUGAAGAUGAUGAGAGGUUGCAGCAUUGUAGUGCCAUUUCUACGAGGUCACUGGUACAAAAGAAAGAGGAUCAUGGAGCUUUCACUAUUCCAUGCACCAUCGAUAAGAUUCACUUUGCAAAAGCUUUGUUUGACUUGAGUGCCAGCAUUAACUUGAUGCCAUUGUCGAUUUAUAAGAAGUUGGGGUUAGGAGCUCCAAAACCAAUUGUGAUGCUUUUACUUAUGGCUGAUAGAACUGUGGAAAAGCCCAUUGGAAUGCUUCAACAUGUCCUUGUGAAAGUGGGGCCAUUCAUUUUUUCGACAGACUUUGUUAUACUUGAUUACGAGGUUGACUUUGAGGUCCCCAUCAUCUUAAGGAGAAUGUUCCUUGCUACUGGGCGUGCCUUAGUCGAAAUGGAGAGAGGGCAGAUGAAAUUCUGA